CGUUUUUAACUAAAAAUAUUCUGUCAUAACUAAAGAAGAAAAAACUCCAAAUAAAUAAGGGCGCCAACACCAUAAACCCUCGCUAACAAAAACCUCGCCAUAGUGUCCUCUUUGACGAUUUUCUUUCAUUCUUUUGAUCAAAUUCAAUGGCUUUCUGGGGAGUUGAAUUGAAGCCAGGAAAGCCUUUUACUCUUAAAUCUACUGAAAUUAAAAGACUUCACCUUUCCCAGGCGACAUUGGGGCUUGGUAAUGCAACAACUAGAAGCAUUCUUCAGUGUAAUGUUGGGAACAAAAGUCCACUUUUCUUGUGUGUCCUGUCUCCUGAAAAGGUUGAUUCUUGCCAACUCAAUAUUGAGUUUGAAGAAGCUGAUGAUGUUGUCUUCUCUGUCAUCGGACCUCGGAGUAUUCACCUCACUGGCUACUUCCUCGGAAAGGGUUCCGGUUUAGGCCAAAAUGAUGACGAAUCUGAGUCUUACGGCGAGGAUAUAGUAGAUACAGACUUGGAGAAAGGUAGCAGUGAUGAUUAUGAUUAUAGCGAUAGUUUCAUCAAUGACAAUGAUCCAUCUGCCCUCGGUUCUCACGUCUCUAGUACUGACGAAGAUGAAAGUAUGCCAUUUCGGUCUUUUGGUGGAGAAAGCAUUCUUGUGGAUUUCACAGUGUCUCUUUCUGGUACUGUACCUCCAUUUGAAAAUAAUCUUGUUUCCUUUCCAGUAUCUAUUAAGGAAAUGGCAGCGAAAACAAAGGACAAGGAAACAUAUCGAAAAGGUGGAAGACUAAGGAAGAAAUUUCAGGUCUCUGAUUCAGAUUCUGAUGAAACUUCAGCUAGAGCUGAUGACUCUACCAAUGAGGAUUCGAUAGAAGUUGAAAACAAGAUUCAUGCAGAGAAUCCUUUGCCUUCAAGGCUUACAAGAUCAAAGGCAAGAAGUUCGAUUUUUGAAAAUGGCGAGCCUAAUUCCAAGUGUGAGAAGACGUCGGAAGCAAAAACUCAAACCGACAACACUCUGGAUAAAAGUGAGGAUAAGCUUUUGGUUGUUGCUGAACCUUCACCCGUUAAGAAUGAAUGUGAAACUCUUCCGAAGAAAAAACAAAACAAGGAAAAGUCUAAGACUUCAGUUGUGAUUAAUCUAGAUGAGGGGGAUGAAAGGCAUAUGCCUGAAAGUCUUCAGAAUGAGAAGCAAGCUUCUGAAAAGGGGAUCGAAUCAUCAAUCGAUGCGUUGCCCUCUCAGAAUGGUGAUGACACCACAAAGAAAAAGAGGAAAAGAGAUAGAAGAGAAGAAGCUACAAAGAGCAAGAAACAAGCGAUCGACCAUGAGAAGAACGUUGAGAAAGAAGCUGUUUCAAAUGAAGUAAUCAUUGAGGAAAUUGAGCAAGGAAAGCCAGACGGGAAAACAGCCGUGAAUGGGAAAAAAGUGAGCAUACUAUAUACUUCCAAGUUAAAAGACACUGGAGAAAUGGUUAACUCAAACAUCGGAGAAACUCCAUUCAGAUUUCGCUUAGGCGGAGAGAAAGUCAUAAAAGGUCUCAGCGUUGGUGUAGAAGGGAUGCGAGUUGGUGAUAAGAGAAGACUCAUCAUUCCGCCAUCCCUCGGGUACUCGGAGGAGGGAUUGAAUGGUGAUGUCCCUAAGAAUGCGUGGCUAGUUUAUGAAGUGGAGGUUGUGAAAGUCAGAUGAUAUGCCAUUAGCUUUUGAUAGGGUUUUUGCUCCGAGUCUUCUACAUGCCUCCUGUUUUAGGACUUUCUUAGCAGUUACAAUUUUAAAAACUCCUGAUUUAUUCCUUUUAAUUCCUAUCAGUGUUUUGUUUUGAGUUCAUGCUGGUUAUAGAUGAAUCAAUGCUUCUGAGUUCUUUGAAACAUACGACUCUUAGUUCAUUUUGAGUCUUAGGCCAUCAAACAUACGGCUAAGCACAUAUGUUCCAGUUGAAUGUAAGGUUUGUGAUGUCGACCGAGUUCGUAUCUGAUUUAAAUGAUAGAUGGUUAACUUAGAAGAGGACUUAU